AUGGCUUCCUCACCUUUCAUUUCCCACCUCAAGUUGUAUAAAGUAGCCACCUUUUCUCAACGCUUCUUCUAUCUCAACUGCAACCCAAAGCUACGAUCAACAUCAACAAACCUCCAUCUUUCUGCAUAUCGCAACAAUUCUUCUCCAUCUUCAUCUUCUUCUUCUUCAUCAUGUCGAUUCUCAGCUUACAGAGAUUCGUAUUAUUGUUAUUAUUAUUAUUUCCAGAGGCAAACUGGCAUAUCCCUCAUUGCCUUUGACGCUAAGAACCCAGAAUCCAGAAGAGAAGAAGAUAAUACUCAUAAUAUUAAUGAAGCCAUUGAUCCUCUCUUCAAGUUCUUUUCUGCAAUCACUCACAGAUUCAUCACAUACACGAAAUCUGAUAUUCUCGCACAUCAAUGGCCAUUCCCAUCAUUUUUCCUUUCCUUCUUGCAUGCCUUCCAACGAAGAAAGCAAGCGUGGACAGUUUUCUCGUUUCUGAUUCAAAUGUUUGGAAACAAUGUUGAAUUUGUUUUCAAUGAGACUUUGCAUGGCCUCAACAUUGGCGUGCAGUGGAAAUUUGAAUUGGAAAAAAUUCAAAUUCCCCUGGGCAAGGGCUUCAGCUUCUAUAUAAGUCACAGCUACAGGGGAAAAGCCAUGAUCAGGAGCAGUGAAACUUUCAUAAAGCCGUUGCUGAACCUGCUACCCUUUAAACUGAAAAUAAUGGCAAGCUUUGAACGCCUACGAGAGAGCAUGGAUUCGUUCAUGGCGCGGGAAUCAGAGGACAAGCCCAAACAGAUUUGGAGCACUUUGACUGCUUUGUUAACCAUAACUGCCUUGUUCUUUCUCUCGAGAACCCCCUCCCUUAAAUUAGUCUUAAAAUUAUCUCGUAAACCUUAG